UCUAUAUCUAAUCUAUCUCGAAGGGGAAACAACAGCCGCUCCCUUCUGAUCACGGCAAAAUAUUUGAUCUAGGGCUUAUUCUAUUAUUAAUAAUAAUAAUUUAUUAAGCCUAUUAUUUUGAAUUAAAUACCCAAAUUACUUAUUUGAAAUUAGUAUAAAUGUUAAACGUUUAGACUAGAAUCUACAAGAUUAUAAAACAACAACAAAUAAAAUGGGCGCAUUGUUUAGCUUUAGCAAAGACCAUGAUAGAAUAGUUAUUGCGUGUCUGGAUCCAUGGUGCAAGACUUCACAGUUGUUCAAACUAAAGCUUGGAGAGGUUGUUACAACAAUACCCCCAUUUGGUUUCAAUUUCCAGAAACUCAACUUGAAUGAAGCAAUUGACAUUUGUGGCAGAGAUAAAAUGCGUCCCCUCUCUCGUGAUUUCUACGCCAACACAGAUGGAGUUAUCUACAUGAUUGACAGCAAUAACAGAGAAAGAUUAGAUGAUGCUAUAGACGAGCUAAUGCAGAAAUUCUUAACUCAGCCUUAUGAUUUGAUUGACACUGUGGUCAUGGUCCUGGCCAACAAUCAAGAUCUACCCAAUGCUCUUUCCUCCCAGGAAAUUGAAGAUCGGCUGAAGGAAAAAUGUCCUCGCUGUAGACAGACAAUAUUUGUGUUGCCGUGUUCAGUAACCACCAAAGUUGGUGUGCAUGAAGCUUUUGAUGAAUUUGUGAAGCAAAUCAAAUUAAUGAAAGCUGGGAAGGCAAAGAGAAGUUACAUUGAUGUGCACAAAUCUAUGGAGGAAGACUGUUCAAAGGGAGGGAAUUCAUUAAAUUCUAUCCGGCCUGGUUAUUUUAAGAGUUAUCUUUCUUACUUCAAGCAGAUUCUCUCCAAUAAGAAACAAAAAAAUAAUUCAGUAAAGAUGAGUGCUGGCAGGUCAGCAGAACCAGUGGACACUGUGACGUCAUCAAACACAGGAGACUCGCAGCAAAUGGUCAGCACUGACACCCAGCUCACCAAUGUCCAACAGGUAGACCUACAACCUACUGACCAGUCUCAGCCUGUGUUAGACUCACACAGUAAAAGUGCUGACCUACAAUGACCUACACAAGUUAUCUGCUGACCUUAAGCUCACCAGUUAUGACCGGCUUGAACUCCAUUCUACCAGUACUCUGAUAUAAGUCUCUAAGACCUAGACCACCCACACAAGCACAGCCAACCUACUGCAACAUUUAAAAGUACAUUUGAAGCUCCAGUUCCACUGAAAUCAUUAGCAGUAUAAAAACAUCCAUAGGGUGUACAUAGAACAUGUGAAUAGAACAAAAGGGUCCAAAAGAAAUGUAAACAAUUUUUUUUUUAUGGGAGAGUGUGGCCUAGUGGUAUACUUGCUAAACUUCUAACAUGUAAGUCUCUAGUUUGAAUCCUGGUUCGUCAAUAUCGUUACGAUCCCUAGGGAUCAUUAACCUUGUUUGGCCCCAUCGAAGGGGACGUGACCUGAUGCUCAUAAACUAAGGUGACCAGUGCUUGAAUAGCCGGCAAUGUAAUUAAAAUGAAAUGCGAAGGCAUGGUCACGGAUCGGCCAGUAUAGGCCGUGAGAAUCUGGGGGUCUGGCCGACCACACCCUUGAUUGGAAUCGACACUGUGGGCGGUGCAGAAUUGGAGUCUGCGGGACUCGGAUAGUAACUUGGCCAGUGGCCAACAGCCCAUAAAUUACCUUUUGACGCCACGGACUGACCGUUGAUGCUUGACCUAGGCUAGUGACAGUCCGUGGUUUCUGGCUGGAAAACCCAUGGCCGGAGAUGACCCUGGGGUAGACCCCACACUUGCCUGGGUGGCUGUUCUCAUGGUAGAGCAUGAGGGACUCAAGUAUUUUAGGGGACACAGGCACACACACAGACACACAUCCGGAUGGUUAGGGUGAGAUGGGACGUCUCUGUGAGCUGGUGGCAAGCCACGAGAUGUCUGUACUGUUGUAGACCUAGGAUUGGAUAGACCGUUAGGGAGAGAGUAGAUUAGUCGGACUAAGGACUUUAGUUGUUGUAGAUGGUUAUAUAUUUUUCUUAUUGUGUUCCAUGUGGUGGCGGGUUAACGUUAGUUAGUGUAUCUUUAUUAUGGCAAUAAAUAGAAAAGAUUGAUAUUGGUAUUUAUUAAUUCUUAUUUUCUUAUUCUUGUUUACGAUUCCCUGACUAGUUCAAAAAGAUUAGAGAAGGGGGUCGUAACAAUAGAAUGUUCCUGAGUCCACACAGCUCUGAUUAGUACCUAACUCACAUUAGGGAAAAUAAAGGCAGCAGGGCAAAGUGCUGACUGCACUAUCCCUUCAUACACCGAGGUCUAUGAAACACAUGAACUCUACUUCAUCUGCUGAUGUGAUGAUAUUUUUUGUAUUUAUGUAUUCGUAUUUUUUGUAUUAUGUGUACUUUCAAUGAGGAUAUUAUGUUCCAUUUUAAUAUGGGGUUGUAUCAGUGCCAUUUACCGUAAUGUUAUUUUGAAUUUAUUAUUUUACUAGUGGUAAAGAAAUUAUGAUAAAUCUUAAGACAGUGCGCUGAUCGUGAUUUUUGCACAAAUAAUAAUUUUAAAAAUGUAGGCUAUUGUUUUUGUUUUUAUGCUGAGUGAUUUAAUUUGUGAUUGUUUUGUAAAUAUAUUGCUCAUAUACAUAUUUAUACAUAUAUUUAUUUUUGGAAACUUUAUUUCUAAUAAAAUA